UGGGGACCUUUUUGUAAUUUAUCCCUGUCCUAUCGAGUAUCAACCUAUCGGUAACGGAAUGUGCGACUAGCCGACUACCGCCCUUCCAUAAUUGAGGGUUAAAAUUCUGAAUAGCUCUACCGCCCUUCCAAAAUCAUCCCGUCGGCUAGUCUGAAGGCUCGCCGCGAUCUGGUCUCCCGGCCGAACGGACAGGCCGACGCCUCCGUCCAGGUUCCCCCCCUGCUACGUUCCUAGGGUUUACGUUGGUCCAGUCCCGUGGAGAAGAGAAGAAUUCUGCUUUUGUCCUUAUCACUAUGGCAAUCCCCAGAGAGCUCUAUCCGUCUCAGGACGAUCUUCCCUACGAGGAAGAGCUUUUGCGAAAUCCAUUUAGCCUGAAGCUGUGGUGGCGGUACUUAGUUGCCCGUCGAGAUGCCCCCUUCGAGAAGCGUUUUAUAACAUACGAGAGGGCACUCAAGGCUUUGCCUGGAAGUUACAAGCUCUGGCAUGCCUAUCUCACUGAACGUUUGGAUGUUGUGAGAAACCUACCCAUUACUCACCCCAAGUACCAGACUCUCAACAAUACUUUUGAGAGAGCUUUGGUUACUAUGCACAAGAUGCCUCGUAUCUGGAUAAUGUACCUGCAGUCAUUGACGAAACAGAAAUUUAUCGAGCGGACUCGCCGGACUGCUGACCGAGCACUUUGUGCUCUGCCUGUCACCCAGCAUGAUAGGAUCUGGGAGCUCUACUUGAAGUUUGUGAGUCAGGAAGGGGUUCCGAUUGAGACUUCGUUGAGAGUCUAUCGCAGGUAUUUGAAGUACGAUCCCGGCCAUAUUGAGGAUUUCAUUGAGUUCUUGGUGACUUCAAGGCUUUGGCAAGAGGCAGCCGAGAGGUUGGCGUCAGUUUUGAAUGAUGACCAGUUUUAUUCAUUGAAAGGAAAAACGAAGCACACACUGUGGCUUGAACUGUGCGAUUUGCUCACCAGGCAUGCCAAAGAUGUUUCUGGAAUCAAUGUCGAUGCAAUUAUCAGAGGUGGGAUUAGGAAGUAUACAAAUGAAGUUGGCAGAUUAUGGACAUCUUUAGCGGAUUAUUAUAUCAGAAGGGGAUUGUUUGACAAGGCAAGAGACAUUUUUGAGGAGGGUAUGACCACUGUUAUCACUGUGAGGGAUUUCAGUGUGAUUUUUGAUGCGUAUGCUGAGUUUGAGCAAGGCAUGGCUGAUCAUAAGAUUGAGAAUUUGGAGUCUAGCGAUGAGGAAGAAGAUAGCGCAGAGGAGAGUGAUUUGGAAGUGGACAUUCGGCUGAAAGUCAAUUUACCAAAUUUCGAGAAGAAGUUACUCUCUGGUUUUUGGUUUAAUGACGAUAAGGAUGUGGAUCUUAUGCUGGCUAGAUUUGACUAUCUAAUGGAAAGAAGGCCUGAAUUGGCUAAUAGUGUUCUCUUGAGGCAAAAUCCCCACAAUGUCGAACAAUGGCACCGGAGGGUGAAGCUGUUUGAUGGUAACCCCGAGAAGCAGGUAUUGACGUACACUGAGGCUGUAAGAACUGUUGAUCCGAUGAAAGCAGUUGGAAAGCCUCACACUCUUUGGAUUGCUUUUGCCAAGCUGUAUGAGAAACAUAAUGAUCUUGUCAAUGCCAGAGUGAUUUUUGAUAAGGCCGCUCAGGUAAAUUAUAAGACCGUUGAUAAUUUGGCUAGUGUGUGGUGUGAGUGGGCAGAGAUGGAAAUCAGACACAAGAAUUUCCAAGCUGCUUUGGAGCUUCUAAGGCGGGCGACAGCAGAGCCAUCGGUUGAGGUCAAAAGAAGAGUGGCUGCUGAUGGGAAUGAACCAGUCCAGAUGAAGUUGCACAAGUCCUUGAGACUCUGGACGUUCUAUGUUGACCUAGAGGAGGGUCUCGGUACACUGGAGUCGACUCGCGCUGUUUAUGAGCGAAUACUGGACCUAAGAAUAGCUACUCCACAAAUAAUAAUCAACUAUGCGUUCCUUCUGGAGGGAAAUAAGUAUUUUGAAGAUGCAUUCAAGGUGUACGAAAGAGGCGUCAAAAUAUUCAAGUACCCACAUGUGAAGGACAUAUGGGUAACAUAUCUAUCAAAGUUUGUGAAGAGAUAUGGCAAGACAAAGCUGGAACGAGCUAGAGAGUUGUUUGAACAUGCUAUCGAGAUGACUCCUGCAGACUCUGUCAAACCAUUGUACCUACAGUAUGCAAAGUUGGAAGAAGAUUAUGGCUUGGCGAAGCGGGCUAUGAAGGUGUAUGAUCAAGCCACCAAGGCAGUUCCAAAUAGUGAGAAAUUGGGCAUGUAUGAAAUUUACAUUGCCCGUGCUGCUGAGAUAUUUGGUGUCCCGAAAACAAGAGAGAUAUAUGAACAAGCAAUAGAGUCUGGUCUUCCAGACAAAGAUGUUAAGAAAAUGUGUCUCAAGUAUGCAGAGCUUGAGAAGAACUUGGGAGAAAUAGAUCGGGCACGAGGGAUAUAUGGAUUUGCAUCUCAGUUUGCUGAUCCAAGAUCUGAUCAAGAUUUCUGGACUAAGUGGCAUGCAUUUGAGGUUCUCCAUGGAAAUGAGGAUACCUUCCGCGAAAUGCUGCGGAUCAAGCGAACUGUUUCUGCUAGUUAUAGCCAGACACACUUUAUUCUACCAGAGUAUAUGAUGCAGAAGGAUCAAAAGAUGAGCAUCGAUGAUGCCAAAGACAAGUUGAAACAGGCUGGGCUACCGGAGGAUGAAAUGGCUGCUCUUGAAAAGCAACUAGCACCCGUUAGCACCACCGACAAUGCUGCCGGCAAAGAUGGCAACAACAGGACAACACUUGGGUUUGUAAGUGCAGGAGUGCAGACACAGACGGAUGGCAGGCUGAAGGUUACCAGGAACCAAGAAGACAUUGAGCUUCCUGACGAAAGCGACUCCGAUGAUGAUACUGAGAAAGUUGAAAUAGCACAAAAGGAAGUACCGUCCGAGGUGUUUGGAGGAUUGGUUCGAAAGAGGGAUGAUGCAGAGAAAGACGGCGGUGAUGAAGGCCAUGAUGCUCCAGCGGCACUUGGUGCUCUUGAGAGGAUAAAACGGCUAAAAAGAGAGGGGCAAAAUCACCAGUAAGCUAAUUGUACUUGAGAUUUCCGACCCGAGUUUUGAUGCCUAUCUUCUUGAUUGUUUUUGUAGUGUUAAGCACUAGGCCUGUAAUACUACACUGUUGAAUCCAGUUUAGGUUGGGCAUAUUAUUCUCCUGAGUGGUUGAUUGUAUUUCUGGUGCUGCUGUUUUCCUUCCCAUGUAACUUUCACAAACUGCAAGUUUGCAAUGAACUCACAAGAUAACAUAGUUUAUAUGUUGCAUGCCUAAACAAUGCCG